UUGAACAUUUUGGGAAUCAUUAUCAUUAUGUUGAAGUCCAAAACCUUCGUUAAGAAAACCCGAUCGGGUGGGGUGAUGAAGGUCGUGCGUGAGCAUUACCUGAGAGAUGAUAUUUGGUGUGGAAGUGAAGUUUGUGCUGAAUGCAAACAGGACUCCACGGUGCUGCAGAAAGACUCGUUAAUUGAGAGUAAUUUGUGUCCUUAUCCACACUAUCUGGUCCCUGACACGAAUGUGGUGUUGCAUCAGAUUGACGUGCUGGAAGAUCCUGUGAUCCGUAAUGUGGUUAUCCUUCAGACUGUUCUGCAGGAGGCACGCCACCGCAGUGCACCUGUCUACAAACGUCUGAAGGACAUCCUACACGAGAAGGAGAAACACUUCUACACUUUCACCAAUGAACACCACAGAGAGACUUUCAUCGAACGUGAACCAGGGGAGAGCGCAAACGACCGCAACGAUCGUGCAAUCCGCAUGGCAGUCAAAUGGUACAGCCAGCAUCUGGAAAUACAAAAGUCGAACACCGAUGGGCUGAAAAUAGUCCUCCUCACCAAUGAUCAAGGGAACAAGCAGAAAGCAGAGGAGGAUGGCCUGUUGGUGUACAAAUUUGAGGAAUACAUCAAGGGUCUAACAGCAAACCCUGAGCUUGUGGACCGGCUGGCCUUAUCCAACGAUGAUAAGAAUGAGAUCACAACCAGUAAAGUGUUGUACCCAGAGCACCUUCCUCUCUCCAGGAUCCAGGCAGGGAUAAAGAAUAGCUCCUUCCUCCAGGGAACCUUUAGAGCCAGCAGGGACAAUUAUUUGGAGGCAACAGUCUUUGUCCAGGGAGAGGGGGAAGACAGCAAAGAGGUUCUCAUCCAGGGCCUUCAGAACCUCAACAGAGCAGUGCACCAGGAUGUGGUUGCCGUGCAGCUGUUGCCACGGAAUCAGUGGGUAGCGCCCUCAUCAUUCGUGCUGCAGGACGACGGUGCUGCAAAGGACGAUAACGUCGACGAGGAUGAGGAGGAGAAAGCGUUAAGGCUUUCAGCUGCUGAGGCAGCCAAAAAACCCACAGGGAAAGUAGUGGGAAUCAUCAAAAGGAACUGGAGGCCAUUCUGCGGCAUGCUGAACGUGUCCCAAAUUAAAGAGUCAACCCGGCAUCUUUUCACUCCCGCAGAUCGCCGUAUCCCACGCAUUCGCAUCGAAACCCGCCAGUCCGCCACUCUGGCAGGCCAGAGGAUCAUGGUGGCCAUCGAUGGUUGGCCUAAAGACUCCAGAUAUCCAAAUGGUCACUUUGUCCGCAGUUUGGGAGGUGCGGGAGAUAAGGACACAGAGGAGGAGGUUCUACUUCUGGAGCAUGAUGUUCCGCAUCAGUCCUUCUCUCAGGCUGUGCUCAGCUUCCUCCCCAAGACGCCAUGGGCUAUCACACCUGAGGAAAUGAAGAAUAGAGAGGACCUGAGGCAUUUGACAGUUUGCAGCGUGGAUCCUCCAGGAUGCACAGACAUAGAUGAUGCCCUGCACUGUCGGGAGCUGGAAGACGGAAACCUUGAGGUUGGCGUCCACAUAGCAGAUGUCAGUCACUUCAUCAGACCUGGCAACGCGCUGGACAAAGAGGCGGCUAACCGUGGUACCACUGUGUAUUUGUGUGGCAAAAGGAUUGACAUGGUUCCUGAGCUGCUCAGUUCUAAUCUUUGUUCACUACGCUCCAAUGUGGAGAGGCUUGCUUUUUCUUGUAUUUGGGAAAUGAACCACAACGCAGAAAUUCUGAAAACACGGUUUACAAAAAGUGUCAUCAACUCCAAGGCAUCUCUGACUUAUGCUGAGGCCCAGAUGAGGAUCGACGACACGGGCAAGAAUGACGACAUCACCAAAAGCCUGCGUGGUUUGAACAAAUUAGCCAAAAUCCUCAAGAGGCAGAGGAUAGAGAAAGGGGCGCUGACUCUGUCAUCAUUGGAAGUCCGGUUCCACAUCGACAGUGAAACCCACGACCCCAUAGAUCUCCAGACCAAAGAACUCAUGGAGACAAACUCUAUGGUGGAGGAGUUCAUGUUGCUGGCCAAUAUCUCAGUCGCACAGAAGAUUUAUGAUGAAUUUCCAGAGUGCGCUCUCCUGAGGAAACAUCCCGCUCCCCCUCCUUCUAACUAUGACAUCCUGCUCAAGGCUGCAAAGUCCAAGGAUGUGGAGAUCCACACAGAUUCCGCCAAGGCGCUGGCUGACUCCCUCGAUGUAGCCAAGGUGGAUGGAUUCCCAUACUUCAACACACUGUUGCGCAUCUUGGCCACUCGCUGCAUGAUGCAGGCAGUCUAUUUUUGCUCUGGCAUGGACAGCGAUUUCCACCAUUACGGUCUCGCCUCCCCCAUUUAUACACACUUUACAUCACCCAUCAGGAGGUAUGCAGAUAUCAUAGUGCACCGCUUGCUGGCAGUGGCUAUUGGAGCAGACAGCACCUACCCAGAUCUGAUGGACAAACAUAAGCAGUCGGCCCUCACCAACAACCUGAACUACAGACAUAAAAUGUCUCAGUACGCACAGAGGUCUUCUGUGGCCUUUCACACACAGUUGUUCUUCAAGAGCCGAGGGAUACUGAACGAAGAAGGAUUUGUCUUGUUUGUGAGGAAGAACGCCAUCAUUGUUCUCAUCCCAAAGUUUGGUCUGGAGGGAACAGUCUUCUUUGACUCUAAGGGCAAAGUUUCUCCUGACAUUGUUUUUGAGGAGGAGGGUCCCACUCUGAAAGUCAAACAUCACACAUUCCACAUAUUUGAUCGGGUGAAAGUCACCAUCAGCCUUGACGACUCCAAUAUUCAGCACCAAAAGAUCCGUAUGGCUUUAACAGAGCCCCUGAUCCCUGGUGUUAGUGUUCCUGCUCCUGAAACUGAGCCACAGGCAAAGAAACCAAAACUGGACCGCUGA